AGUUGAAGUGACAUACGGCGUUGCUUUUUCAGAGUAGAAACAAAUCUUUCAGCGAGGAGAAGGAUGCUGGGCUUCCUUGGAUGCUUUGCUUGUCUUUUGGUGGCUUCUGUUGUCAAUGCAAAUGGUCGAGUGUUUGUGGUGGAGCUCGGGAACGCGUCUUCCAGUUCGUCGUUCAGUGACGCCGAGCGGUCUUGCGCCUCUCGGCGGGCCCGGCUAGCGUCGACCUCGGAGCUGAGGCACGCCGUCAUGGAGUGUUUCUUCUCCUCGUGCACCCGCGGGUGGCUUUACGGAGGCUCCCUCGGCACCACCGUGUGUAGCUACGUAGGCGGCUCGCUAAAGGCCGUGGACGUGAGGACGGAAAACGCCACGGGCGACUCCAGCAGCUCGAGCGGAUUCUGUAUCAAAGAUAAAGGCAUGGCGUGCGGAGACCCCCCUUCCUUCCCCAACGCCCGUCUGCAGGGCCAAGGCGGUUUUGAGCUGGGCGACGAACUCCUCUACACAUGCGUGCCGGGAUACGUCAUGCCCAACGGUCACAGCGCCUUCAGCUUGUUGUGCGACAGCUGUGGCGAGUGGUACGGACUGGUCCAGAUUUGCGUCAAAGACUCAACCGAGACUCACGUGGAUUACGAUGACCAGUUCACGUACGCCGAUGCGGACAAUCAGAACGAGGACGACGGGCCCGUGGAGGUUCACGAGAUCACGAUCCACACAGAAGAACCCAGGGACCAGGAGCUGCAAGAAAUCCACUUUCAAAGAGAAGAAGUGGAUUCAAAUCUGGAUGGUCAGCAUGAGAUGGAAGUAGACGCCGCAGAAACAAGCGAUAAGGAACGAGACGUGGUGGACUCCGCCGAGCACCCGAGUUGGGGGCAGGAAGUGGUGACCACUGCGUCCACAGACCCGCCAGGCUCCCUCUUGACCCAAAAACACCUCUUCUGGUUCCCCUCGGAGACCUUCCAGCAGGAACAACACCCGGUUUCCGUGGACCCCGUGACCACCACUCAGCGGACCUCCGGCGGCCAAUCCGAGGAGAACCUCAACAGUGAGCGAGAGAGUCUCACUCCCCAUGUCAGUCAAGUGGAACAAAUUCCAGUUGAGCAGGAAGAGCUGGACCACCAAGACCGCUACGAAGACCACGAUCACUAUGACAUGGGCGAGCAUGAGGAGGUUCACUACGGCAGCCGGAACGACAGCUCCGAGGAACGUGGUGUCCAUGAGGACAGCAGCCAUCUUCAGGAGAAUGUUUCUGAGGAGCAUCCGGACCGUGACGAUCACGAAGAGCCAUACGAUGAAAACGAGCACAACGGCGAUCACGACGAACACUAUGACCACGAACGACAUGAUGAUGAAGAUAUUGUGCAUCAAUAUGAUCACGAUGAUCAGGACCAUGAAGAACGAGAUGAUGAUGAUGGCAACGAUCGUUACGAUCACAACGAGCACGACAGCGAGGACCAUAACCUGGAUAACGACGAGGGCAGGCGGGACGGCAAUGACAGCCACGCCGAACACGAUAGCCAUUCGGAACACGACAGCCACGAAGACGACGACGACGACCGUCAUCAGCAUGUCAUCUUUGUCGAAACCGGCCGGAAUGGCACCCGGGACCACGUGGGAGCGGCGACCACCACGGACGAGACCUGGCUGGACGGACACCCGGUGGCCGCCCACCCUAACGAGGUCGAAGAACUCAUCCCUGGCACCAGCGUGUCGGAAACACCAGAAUCUCUGGAGACCGCCGCCCCGGACAACCCCGCCUCUUCCUCUGAUACCCUCGAGUACGACACCCAGCAGGUGGUCCCCACUCACUCGUGGCUCCUGGACCUCACCCAGCAACCCUUCCUGGAUCCGGCACAGGGCGGCGACACCUCAGCCGGGGCCGCGGGGGAGCGCGCCAACUUGCCCGGUGAGGCUGGUGAGAGGGGCGAGGUGGAGGGCGAGAUGGGCGAGACGGUGUGCGUCGGGGACAACUGCCCACCGCCCAGAGCCUCACGCCGGGGCCCCACCGUGGCGGCCAUUAUUGCGGCGGUCUGCGUGGUGGCAGCGGCCGUCAUAUUGACCGUGUGGUGCUACCGGCGGCGACAGCAGAAGAGCUCGGCGUACAACAUGAACGGGAAGGGACAAAGCACCCAGCACAUGGAGAUGCAGCAGAAAGUUUAAGGGAGGGGGAGGGGCGGUAUUAAGAGACAAGUCGGACCACGAUUUAAAAACCACAACAGAGGAGGGCCGCGUCAAAAUGUUUCUACGGACUGAGGUCGUGACCUCCAAGGAGGCUUUUGCACAUUGUGGUAUUUUGCCCGCUUUUGUUGUUUUCUUGCUGUUGCUAUGUUUGCCACGCGCGUCUAUUUUUUUCCCCCCUGUGCUUUACGACUUCGCUUUCAAGCGGAGUGUCGAGCAGUCGUAGAAUUACCGAUUAGCCGACUGAAAUGACUGACACGUAGUCGGUAAUGAAAUAUCGCAAUUUGCCGUCGUGAUGAUGAAUGUAACAAAUGAUAUUUACUUGUUGGUGUGAUUAUUACUCACGGUAUGAUGUGUGCAAUCGUGGACAUGACGUUGUCAAUUCGAUCGCUGAGGUCAAAAAGUGUACGGCGUUUAUUUCUGGAAAUUGGGGUGGGGGUGGGGGGGGGGGUGCAAGACGGACGUCAUUUUCAUCAUAAAUCAGCUGCGUUUUUAAGAUGGCGUCUUUGUGUCCCGUUGGCUUGAAUAAACUCCCGGAA